CGCCGCGCAGCAGCGCUCGCCGUUGCGGGCAAGAAGGACGACGCGCCCAACUCGGCACGGGCGGCCGGCCACGGCGGCAGCAGCAACACGAUGAUGCGCCUGUACACCGACGAGGCACCCGGGCUCAAGAUCGACCCGGUCAUCGUCCUGUCGCUCGCCGUCGUCUUCAUCUUCUCGGUCGUCAGCCUGCACCUCCUCAGCAAG